GAGCAAAUACAAUACUUAAGAAGAAGUGUCUGCUCCUAAAUUUUAGGGUUACGAAGCUGACAGCGGUCGAGGACUCGGGGGAAAAUACUCGAAACUGAGCUUUAGGCCUAUAAAUGCCGAAGCUGUCAAGAGAACAAUCCGAUGAUGAAACAGAGGAGUCGGUGAAGUUUAAGAGAUUGCACAAGCUGGUGAAUUCUACUCGCAGAGUCAGGAAGAAACUCAUAAGAGUUGAAGAAAUGAAAAAACCCAGCACUGAAGGUGUGGAAGAGCAUUCCCUUGACAACACUCCUGUACUGGAUGACAGAUCGGCACUUUACUCUGGAGUUCACAAGAAGCCAUUCUACUUUGACAGCUCCUGUGAAAAGCAGCCAGAGGAUGACUUGGACUCACUUACUACUUCUCCCUCAUCCAGCAGUCUGGAUACAUGGGGAGCUAACAGGAAGCUGGUGAAGACCUUCAGCAAAACUGAUAGCCGUGGCCUUAUCAAGCCUCCCAAGAAACUUGGGACAUUUUUCUCUUACCCAGAAGAGGAGAAGUCCCAGAAAGUUUGCCGCUCCUUGACAGAUGGGGAAAUGAAGAAGAGCCUUGGCUCGCUGAGCCAUGGGAGAACCUGUAGCUUUGGAGGUUUUGACUUGACAAAUCGUUCCCUUCAUAUUGGAAACAGUUCUGACCAAAUGGUGAGUUUAAGAAGGUGCAGACUUGAAAUAGCAUAA